AUGGCACGUAUGCAGAACAACACACGGGCCCUAUGCUUCAUAGCUCUUGUAGUCAUGGCCACCACUGUCUUCUCAGGUUAUGCAGCAGGUCGUUACAUAGAUACUGACCUGCUGUGUACACCUGUGGAGUAUUGUUCGCCGCCAGUCCGAGCUAGUGGCAACAUUGCGUGCAAGGCUAACUGUGUUAACCGAGGUUAUGCCAAGGACAAGAGCAGUUGCCAGGAAGGCAGUAGUGGCACAUGCUGCUGCGGAAAAAACUAA